CAUUUUAGUUCAUUAGUCAGCCAUUUUGGUCAACACCCUCUCUAACUGCGCACAAUCCAAUCCUAUUAUCUUUUCUGAAUCUGGGUUGAUCGGAAGGGGGCAAGAGAGAGAGAAAGAGAGAGAGAGAGCAGCUGUCGAUCUGAGUGGAUCCUGGAUACCUCUUCUUCUCUUUGUGGUUAUUGUUCUGUUGUUUUGUAAUUUAUUUUUUUUUAAAAGACAAGGGUAUUUUUUUGAGAUAGCCAAGGGGGCUGGAUAUAUAUUUCUUUUCCCUGCACUCCUGAUGCAGAGGCCGUGCGUGAAGGGGUUAUUCAGGAAUAAUAGCUCCUAGUCACAUCGAGCGUGCGUGCACGGCUGUGCGGCUUUGCAGAAGAAAACCGGAGGAAGGAAAACAGCUGAGAAGGGGGUCUCUUUUCCCCCCCUUCCCCUCUGCCUCGCUUUCCUCAAAGUAGUGCAUUGUCUGAUCUCCAGCGAAUCUUUCCCGCGACGGCGGCCAGCUAUUGAAUUUUUUUUUUCUCUCUCUUAGAGGGGAAGGGUUUUUUUUUUUCCUCCCCCUCUUCUUUUUAUGGUUUUGUUUUUAUUUUUGCUUUGGUUUUAUUUUAUUUAUUUUUCCCCCCCAAAUCGGCUUUAUUGUUGUAUCAGCUGAGUCAUCAUGUCCGCGCUGACGCCUCAAAGCGAUACGCCGACUCCCACCACAGACAAGAUCACCCAAGCUGCCAUGGAAACCAUCUAUCUGUGCAAAUUCCGGGUGUCGAUGGAUGGAGAAUGGCUCUGUUUGAGAGAGCUGGAUGACAUCUCUCUGACGCCUGACCCCGAACCGAGCCAAGAAGACUCUUGGGAGGAUUUGACAGAUUUGGUGGAGCAAUUGCGCGAUGAUACAGAAGAUCCCAACUAUGUCAUGGCCAAUGAACGCAUGAAUCUGAUGAAUAUGGCAAAACUAAGCAUAAAGGGCUUGAUUGAAUCCGCUCUAAAUCUUGGGAGAACCUUGGACUCCGACUAUGCACCUCUUCAGCAGUUCUUUGUAGUCAUGGAGCACUGCCUUAAACAUGGCUUAAAAGCCAAGAAGACUUUUCUGGGCCAAAAUAAGUCAUUUUGGGGACCUCUGGAAUUGGUAGAGAAGUUUGUUCCUGAAGCUGGAGAAAUCACAGCAAGCGUUAAAGAUCUACCAGGGCUAAAGACUCCUGUGGGAAGGGGAAGAGCUUGGCUGCGCCUGGCGUUGAUGCAGAAGAAACUUUCAGAGUACAUGAAAGCCUUGAUAAACAGAAGGGAAAUUCUCAGUGAAUUUUAUGAAGCAAAUGCCCUCAUGAUGGAGGAAGAGGGUGCUAUAAUCGCUGGACUUUUAGUGGGCCUCAAUGUCAUUGAUGCAAAUUUUUGCAUGAAGGGAGAAGACUUGGAUUCUCAGGUUGGCGUUAUUGAUUUUUCAAUGUAUUUGAAGGAUGGCAGCAGCAGUAAAGGCAGUGAAGGCGAUGGUCAAAUUACUGCAAUUCUGGAUCAGAAAAAUUAUGUAGAAGAACUCAAUAGACAUUUAAGUGCUACAGUCAACAACUUGCAGGCAAAGGUCGAUGCUUUGGAAAAAUCUAACACUAAACUAACUGAGGAGCUUGCCGUCGCCAACAACAGAAUUAUAACACUGCAAGAAGAAAUGGAGCGAGUCAAAGAGGAGAGUUCGUACAUUUUGGAAUCCAACCGAAAGGUAAAUAAGCAAGAUCGAACUGCAGAUGGACAUGCCCUCACCGAAGCUAGGAAACAGCUGAAAGAGGAGACGCAAUUAAGACUGGAUGUGGAAAAAGAGCUUGAAAUGCAGAUCGGAAUGAGACAAGAGAUGGAGCUGGCUAUGAAGAUGCUGGAAAAAGACGUUUGCGAGAAGCAGGAUGCUCUUGUGGUGCUCAGGCAACAGCUAGAUGAUCUCAGGGCCCUAAAACUUGAACUUUCUUUCAAGCUGCAGAGUUCAGAUCUGGGAAUGAAACAGAAGAGUGAAUUGAACAGCCGUUUGGAGGAGAAGACCAGUCAAAUGGCCGCUACAAUUAAACUGCUUGAACAGAGAUUGCAGCUGUCCGAGCGGGAGCGCCAGUCUCUGCAGGAGGACAAUCGGCUCUUCAAGGAGGAAUUUGGGGACAAGAUCAACAGCCUUCAAGUCGAAGUGGAGCAACUUACAAAGCAGCGAGGCCAGCUUGAAGUUGAAUUGAGACGAGAACGGGAACAGUGGCUGCAUUUGCCUCACGGAGUCCCAGAUAGCAAAAGCUUGUUCAGCCUUAACAAAGGCAUUCAGAAGACAGGAUCAAAGAUAGAUUCAAGCGACAGGCACCUAGAAGGAGAUUCCCAAUCGAGAACAUCAGCGAAAGAGAAUACAGUGCUUUCAAGCAGCGUGUUUCCUGACCUGCAAGACGAGCAGGACCAACGUCCUGACAAGUCCAAACCCUGCCAACUCUGUCAAGAAGAAAGUACUCGGAGCAAAAGAAAGAACAUCUGCAAGAACUGCGGAGGCGUCUUCUGUGAAGACUGCUCAGCAAGUGAACUACCUCUCCCCUCGAGCAUCAAGCCGGAACGGGUGUGCAAUCUUUGCCACAAGCACUUAAUACAGCAAUAUUCUGCCAGCCCUUCCUAGGACGCAAAAA